AGUUUGAGUGGAAGCAGUCGUUACCGGCUGACUGGAAGAAACUCGUUGAGAGGGUAGCUUGUCCGCGGGGCUGAAAACUCAACCGCUGAACAGACAGAGAGAGAGGUCUGUCGGUCCGUGGCUCACUCGUGGCCAUUGGAGUUUCAUGAAACGUUUCAGACGCGUACUUGCUUUGCCUCCAUAAGCUUUUUGGGAUUAGAUGCAUUUGCCUUCACGAUGCGGAACGAUCGCUGUCUGUUCGCUUCUCGGGCGAUGGAGGAGCUGGUGUCGGAGCUGCGCGUCUUCCUGGACCUGCUGGACAGGGAGUACCUGAGCGCCGGCGUGCGGGAGAAGAAAACCCACAUCUCCAACAUCCUCAACCGCAUCCUCAACGCUCAAGAGCCCUCCUAUAAGGCGGAGAUCCACAGCUCCCUCCCUGCCCCGCCGCAGAUGCCCCUGCCGGAGAUCCCGCACCCCUGGCUGCCUCCAGAUAAUGGUCCGCCCCCGCUGCCCAGUUCCUCUCUGCCCGAGGGCUACUAUGAGGAGGCCGUGCCCCUGAGUCCUGGGAAAGCCCCAGAGUACAUCACCUCCAACUACGACUCGGACGCGAUGAGCAGCUCGUACGAGUCGUACGACGAGGAGGAGGAGGACGGCAAGGGCCAGAAGAUGCGGCACCAGUGGCCGUCCGAGGAGGCGUCCAUGGACCUGGUCAAGGACGCGCGCAUCUGCGCCUUCCUGCUGCGCAAGAAGCGCUUCGGACAGUGGACCAAGCUGCUGUGUGUCAUCAAGGACAACAAGCUGCUGUGCUACAAGUCCUCCAAGGACCAGACGCCCCAGAUGGAGCUCCUGCUGGCGGGCUGCAGCAUCACCCACGUGCCCAAGGACGGCAAGAAGAAGAAGCACGAGCUCAAGAUCGUCCACCAGGGGGCCGACGCCCUGGUCCUCGCCGUGCAGAGCAAGGAGCAGGCCGAGGAGUGGCUCAAGGUGAUGAGAGAAGUGUGUGCCAAUGGGAACGGACACAUCGACUCCGACGGCGUAGGCUCGGGGUCACCUGUGCAUAAGGCUGAACUAGAGAAGAAGCUGUCCUGUGAUCGACCCAGCUCAGAUGGAGAGCCCAACCAUGAGAAUGGAGUAACCGACACUAAGGACCAUGCCAAAGGGAAGAAGAACUCCAAGUCUGAGCAGAAAGGCACCGUGGGUAAAGUAGCGGGAAAGAAGAUCACAAAGAUCAUCGGCCUGGGCAAGAAGAAGCCGUCGACUGAUGAACAAACCUCCUCCGCCGAGGAAGACGUUCCAACAUGCGGCUACCUGAACGUGCUGUCCAAUAACCGCUGGCGGGAGCGCUGGUGCCAGCUGCGGGACAACCAGCUGCUGCUGCACAAGGACCGGACGGACCUGAAGAGCCACAUCGCCGCGCUGCCCCUGCGCGGGUGCGAGGUCAUCCCUGGACUGGACUCCAAGCACCCCUUCGCCUUCCGCCUGCUGCGCAACGGCCAGGAGGUCGCCGUGCUGGAGGCCUCCUCUUCAGAGAGCAUGGGGCGCUGGUUGGGAGUCUUGCUAGCCGAGACGGGUUCCACCACCGACCCCGCUGCCCUCCACUACGACUACAUCGACGUGGAGACCACAGCCAACGUCAUCCAGCUGGCCAAGCAGUCCUUCUGCUUCACCAGUAAGCGUGCGGUGUCGCCCAACCCGUACCUGGACAACCCGGUCAACGGCUACGCCUGUCCCUCUGGGGUGGCCCUGCACUAUGAUGACGUGCCCUGCAUCAACGGAACGCUGAAGGGGAAGAAGGGCCUGGCCACCAACGGGACGGCCUCCAAGCAGAAGGUGGACAAGAACCAGGCCAAGAAGGGCGCCGUCACCAACGGAGCACGCGCCACCGCGCCCGUCAAACGCGUCAAUUCCAGUUUGGACCAGUACAAGUACGGGAAGAACCGCGUGGAGGCGGACGCCAAGAGGCUGCAGGCCAAGGACGACGAGCUGACCAAGAGGAAGCAGGAGAUCCGCAACCGCCUCACGCAGCUCAAGAAGGAGCGCAGGGACCUCCGCACGGCCAUCGAGGCCAACACAGGCAAACGUGCGCAGGCGACCCUGACGGAGCGGCUGAAGAAGGUGGAGGACGAGUGCCGUGUGAAGGAGGAGGAGCGCGUGGAGCUGGAGCUGGAGCUGACCGAGGUCAAGGAGAGCCUGAAGAAGGCCCUGAGCGGAGGGGUCACCCUGGGCCUCACCAUCGAGCCCAAGGCCACCUCCUCCUCCAGCCCACAGUCGCCGGUGUUUCUGCGGCGUACGACGGAGAACUCGCCCAUCUCCAGCUGCGACACCAGCGACACGGAGACGUGCUCCCUGCCCGUCAACAGCGCCUCCCUGCUGCGCCGCCAGGCCACGCAAAAGACCCCGCCCGUACGCGGACACGUGCUCAGGAAGGCCAAGGAAUGGGAGAUGAAGACCGGCACAUAAACCCUUCUUUCUCUUCACUGCUUCCCGCUUUUUAAAAUGUAUAUAUUUAUUUAUAACUCGCAUAUAGGAAGGAUGCUGAAGAGGAGUUCAGCCUAGACUACAUGGUGCAUGACAACAACAACAACAACAACAACAACAACAUCAACAACAACAUCAACAACAUAAAGACCCAAGGGCCUCCGUUUUUUAUUUUUUGUCCUUGAGUUUGCUUUGACUAUAUCUGCCCACAAAGAGACAGGCUACACUGUCGUUAUCAUUACCUUUUCAGCUUUAUAAUACCAUGUAUUAUGCUGUCUUGCUUACAGUCACGCACAGUCAUGCCGUUUUAGUAAACCUACACUUAACCAUCGAUCGCAAAAUAUGUAUAAGUCAUUAUCAACAGCCUCCUCCUUCCUUGUUCCGUUGAGUUUCAAGCCAUCUUUCAAUAGGAAAAAAAGAGCUUAAGUAUUUAUUUGUAAAUGUUUUAAGUAAAUACUAGCAUCCCUGUGAUUUUUGUUUUGUUUUCUUUCUUUUUUUAUUUAUGUUAAUAUUUAAAGCUUUGUUUUGUUUUCAAUUUGUUUUAUAUGGCCUCAUCAUGGUUGCAUAGCAGUUUUUACGGUGAUUUGUGUGUGUGUGUGUGUGUGUGUGUAUGCCUGUGUGAGUGAGUGUGUCUGCGUGUGUCUGUGUGUGUGUGUGUGUCUGCGUGUGUCUGUGUGUGUGUGUGUGUGUGUGUCUGUGUGUGUGUGUGUGUGUGUGUGUGUGGCACUUGGUUAAACCAAACAGCCAAAUCUGUUUAUGAAUAACUGGUGCUUGUUUUUACCGGCAUUGUAUGAUAAAGGAGAACACCACCAUUUUGCAAAAUUUCGCAAGUGCUCACUCAUUGACAAGCCAACAAAUCAGCCCACCAUACUUAAGAUUACAUGAUUUUGCAAGAGACUCAACAGGAACCUUUUGUUCAAAGCAGCCAGUGUUUUGAUAUUUAAUAUGUCAAACUGUAAUCAACAAAAGAUAACAUUUUGUGAAGAUAACACAAAGUAUUAAGAGAUUCAGGCAGGAUUUUGUAAGAGAUGCCAAAGAAAAUAGAUUUGGUCAUCCUUGCCUCACCACUACAUUGCUGCAAACCUAAGCAAAAAUGUGCAGCCUUGGCAAGUUGUUCCACCAGAAUUCUCCUCAUCUUUCCUCAUAGCUGAUGAUAGCAGAUGUUUCUGUAGUUGAUUAUGAAAGAUUUCUAAUUAGCUUGGUUUGAAAUGUGUGACACACUCUGAAAUUUGACCAACAUGAAUGGCAUUAACCUCCUUUUAUUCCUCCUUACAUUCCUCAAACAUGUUGACUAGGCAGAUGCUACACCUGUGCCUGAUCCUUUUUCAGCAAAUUAGUUCUUUCUUUUUUUUUUAAGUAAGGACUUCUUGGCUUUUUCGAGCCAGGACACUAGCCAUAGGCUUCAGUAGAGUGGCCUCCUGUCUUGUCUGAAAAGGGUUUCCAUCUAGCUAAAGGGAAAGUUCGAGAAUUAGGUUUCUAUAGCGACAGCGGUCCGGUCGGAGGAGCAGAGGACCAGCUCAGGCCAAGGGUGUGGCCCGGGUUUGUUGGCCGAGGCCUCUGGAAAAGUCAAAGAUUUCCUGCCGUUUCUCAUUUUUCCAGCGUUGCCACUCUGUUGCUUGGUCGGUCGCAUUCUUACCCUCCCCAUAAGUGCAUGUGUCUCUGUCCAGCUGGUAAAUAUCGGUGCUGAGGAAGUAAGUAGCCUUGUGAUCAGAGCAUGUGGUGAUUUUUUCUCUCUCUCUCGCUCUCUCUCUUUUUUAACUGUUUAUACGUGCGCCUCGUAAACAUUUCCAAGCCGUCAUCAAUACACUGUCAGAAAUAGAAACACUGCCUGGAGUGCAUUGGACUGCAACAUUAUGUUCCAGAAACCCUCCCGUCUUCCAACUCAAGCUGUGACCCAUUUUCUGGGUUCGGACCUGGUCCUCUCACUGCCUACUGUAUGGUUAAAGUCCAGACGCGUCGUUUGUCGGCGAUUUAUGCCCGUCUGUGUAGCCUACGUGGUGGGAAUGGUUGUACUGUACUUUUCCUAAUCUUACCACGAUUAUAGACUCUGCAUGGAGCAUGGUGCUUUCCUUGGAAAUGCGAAUUGACAGAUUAAUAGACUACUGCCUGAAGCCUUGUAUGUUUUAUUUUGUAAAAGUUAGGUUUUUUUUUUUUUUUUUUUGAGGCUGUUUUUUCCCCCAUAUAUGGCUAUGUCUUGGAGCAGUAAGAAAGGUCAUUUGAUUCGAGGCUUUACAUUUGUAUUGAUGAAGAAAAAUAGAAGAAGGUCACAAAUUAGACAGUUUUGCUGGAGAUUUCGCUGUGUGUAAAUAUUUGACUUUAGGCUAUUUCCUAAUGUGUUUCCAUGGAGUUUAGUCAUAGAGGUCAUGGUGGCUUGGCAAAGAGGCCCUUGCCCCAGACACUGUGUCGGGAGAGGAGAGGUCAGUUAGAGGUCACAUAGAGGUUAAAGUAUUGAAUCAGAGAUUCACUUCAGUUGGCUCCUUGUGUUGGACUGAAGUUCUUUGGAUUGCUUGUCAAAGCAAACCAACGUUCUGAUUUCCUCACGCAAACAGAAUAAUCAUAUUUGCCAACACAGGCUGUGUCCUCUACAGUAGAAAUACUGUACUGUAUGGAAAACAAGUCAAUUUUGACAAAAUAACUCGACUUGCUUUGUUCAUAACAUACCUGAAGAACUUUUACUCUCUGAACCAUGAAUGAACCGUAGUGGAAUGAUGUUGGAGAUCCUAGCGUUUGAUGGCAACAGUUUUCACUGGAUUGGCAACGCCUUUUUUUUUAUUUUUUAAACCAAGUGGAAAAAAAGAUGUCACGUGGACAAAAAAAGGUAGCGGAAAUAAUGCACAAAAAAGCAUGAGAAAAUGAUCUCUGGCUACCAAUCUUCCCCUCUCCCCUCACAGUGAUCAGAAGACAGUCAGAAAAUGUGAACGCUGUGUAAAUAGUUUUGUGGGAGUUCAGGUUCAGGUAGACAUUAAGGGGCAAUGGCUCUGUCACUAGUUUGGAGUUUAACACGGUUUUAAACUCCAAUUCCCAACUCAAACUCCAGUUUAAAACCAUGUUUAACUCCAAACUAGUGACAGAGCAAUUUGCCCGUAAGCGACCAUGUUUGUUUUUUUGCACCUUAAAGAACUUUUCUGUUUUUUUUUCUUCUCCAGUGUACUUCUCUAAAUGACUUUCACCACUUUGGUGACUAACGCUGUACAUACAAAAAUAAUAAACCUGCUUAAACAGUC